GUUUUUAUCCUUGAGACGAGAUUCCUUGAGAUCACAAGUCUCACGCCCUACGACGGCCGUGAGCAGAAGGAUGCACGUGAAGAAGCAUCAUCCUCUUUGGCGAUCUCACCUCCCAGAAGCUGUCCCGGACGUUUUGGAAAGCGCGCCUGCACGCGCAUUCAACGAUACGUGAUUCGGCUGUGAAGUGUCAAUUUAACAGGUGCCAUAAGACAGCUAUAACACAUAUCCCGGUAUAUAUAAACUACUAGCGAGCAGGCGGCAAGGUUUAGUCGGCCGGUCGUUUCAAUCGUGGAUGCGAUAUAGUAUUUUCGGAGCCGAGCUUUCGAGAAGUAACGCUCGCGAGGGACUAAUGACAUCUUUAUGGCGUUAUUUGCUUCAGUUGCAUCAUACAACAGGCGAGAUGUGGACCUGCUUCGCUUUUGUAGCCAUUAUCUACGUUAUAUACGCGCUGAAGAAUUACGUCAGGAUCCUCAGAUUUAUUUUCACCCUCGAUGGACCGAAGACGGUACCCAUUCUUGGCAAUGCAAAUGCUGUUCUCGAUGGAAACCUGAUGCAGAGAAUGCAUAACGAGGGGCAAAGUUACGGCCGCAUUUUUCGGAUAUGGCUAACGUUUCUGCCGUACGUCGUGCUCGUAGAACCGGAAGAUAUCCAAGUGGUGCUGAGCAGCAUGAAGCAUACGCGCAAGAUCUUCUUUUACAAAUUGCUGGACAAUUUUCUGGGUAAGGGUCUGGUGACGCGGGAUGUGGACAAGUGGAAGAUACACCGGAAAAUUCUGCAACCGGCCUUCCAUCUUCACGUUCUCGAGAGAUUCGCCGGAACGUUCGGCAAAUGCGCUGAUCAUCUGGUGAACAAGCUGCUCGAGAAGGACGGGAAGGACGUGAAUGUCACCAUGUUCGUCAACAAUUCGGUCUACGAGAUAUUGAUCGAGACAAUUUUGGGCAUGACUGCGCGCCAAGCAAGCAGCAAAGCCGACGAUGACACGCCAUUUAGAAAGGGCCAAGUUAUGAUGCCGUACAGAUUCGCGCGGCCGUGGCUGCUAAUUGAUUGGAUCUACCGAUUGACAGCGGCCGGAAAAUCUGAGGAACAACAGCAGAAGGAUCUGUUUGACUUUUGCUUCGAGAAGGUAAAGGAGAAGCGCGAGUUCCUGCGAAAGAACGGUUCGUUCAUCGCCAAUGACAAAACACUGAGCAUGGAGGAUAGAAAGAUGUCCCUGCUCGAGUACAUGGUCGAGAUCAAUGAGAGAAAUCCUUGUUUCACCGAUCGGGACAUCAUCGAGGAAUGUUGCACUUUUAUGCUAGCCGGCCAAGACUCGGUCGGCACCGGCGCCGCGAUGACGCUUUUUCUACUGGCGAAUAAUCCCACAUGGCAGGAGAAAUGUAUCGCAGAGUUGGACGAGAUCUUCGGCGAUGACGGGAGAUCGCCCACCAUGCAGGAUCUUAAGAAGAUGAAGUGCUUGGAUAUGUGUAUCAAGGAGUCCUUGAGAUUGUAUCCUAGCGUGCCACUUUUUGCCAGGACACUUGGACAAGAUGUGAGAAUAGGAAAACAUGUGAUACCAACUGGUUGCGGUGUAUUUAUAGUACCAUACUGCACACAUCGUUUGGCUCAUCAUUUUUCCAAUCCUCAUGAUUUUAAGCCGGAACGUUUUAAUCCCGAGAAUUCUGAAGGAAGACAUCCCUACGCCUACAUACCCUUCAGCGCCGGUCCUCGUAAUUGUAUUGGAUAUAAAUUUGCCACGCUCGAGAUGAAAUCCAUAAUUAGCGCUGUUCUGAGAAAGUGUCGAUUAGAACCGAUACUUGGCAAGGAAAAAGUGAUAGCCAGAUUUCGGAUGACAGUCAGAGCGCACGGUGGACUUUGGGUAAAAGUGAGAUCGCGCGAUACAUGAGAACGCAAAUCAUAGCGAUUUAUACAUUCGAUCUUGCAACUUAGAAAUAAUGAUUGCAAUCAUAUUUUGAAGAUUUGUAAUUCAAAGAAAAACAUAAAAGGUGCAAUUUUUGAUCCAAUACAUUAAAUGAAAAUAACAAUUAUACAUAGCACUUAUUAAAAAUAUUUCAAUAAUAAUGUAAUUUAAAUUAUGUUUAAGAAAUCGUAAUUUUUUGUGAGAAAUCGUGUACUAUUUGAGUAAAAUGUAACUAUACAUGCAACUAAAUUAAAGAAAUCACGCAAACCUUUCGGAAAAUUAUAAGAACGUGCCAUUAUUAGACAUGAAAUUAUGUAGGGAGCUUGUAAAUUAUACAUUAUUACGCCGAGGUUUAAAAAAGAAACAAAUUUCUAUGUGCCAUGAACGCAUUGUAUAAAUUAGCAAAAUCAUCGAUCUUUUACUUUGAGCAUUAUUACUAUAAAUAUUUAUUAAAUAAAUAUUAUUUUAUUAAGACGAUUAAUUUAUAGAUGACUGAAACUAUGAGUUACCCAAGUAUGAGUCCAGUGAAUCAUAAAUUAAAAUAAUUGUUAAUUAAUUUUUGCUUUUAAAAGCAAUUAUUAAUUUUUUAAAUAGAUAUAAACGUAAAAAAGUAUGAAUGCGUGAGAUAAUGCGUGAAUGCAAUAAACAUUUAAUAUAAUGAUGUCUAUGAAA